UAUGGGCAGUUGUUAAAGUGCUCCAAGUAAUAUAGAUGACUUACCUACUAUGGAUUCAAGUGCCUGCAAAUAAACAGAUAAUCUUAUCAAAGAAGAAAUCCCUCCUUAAUAUGAUGAGAACAAAAUCAUCUUUAUAUAGGCUUAUUAUAGAGGACACAAAGUCCGUAAAUCUCUUAUGCCUACUCUCUAAUCUCCAGAACCCUCUGCUCCCACUCAACCUGAAAAUCCUAAACUUUGUUUUGAUCCUACACUAGUAUAAGAAAAUGACUAGCCCAUUAUUAUGAAAAAUGGAGCUAUCUAUACUGGAAUAUGGAAAGACGGAAAAGCUAAUGGAAAAGGAAAAUAUUAAUUCCAUGAUAGGUAGUUACUAUUUUUUAUUUUCUAGUUAUAUCGAAGGAACUGUAAUUUAUUCAAUAUAUUUUAGUGGAUUGCCAAUGAACUUCAAGGUGAAGGAGUGUACAUCAAUCCCAAUGAAUCGUAUAGAGGAGAAUGGCUUAAUAAUAUGUUCAAUGGUCAUGGAGAAUUUAAGUAUUAUGAUGGUCGUAUUUAUACAGGUAUCUAAAUCAUAUAUUUAAGGUUAAUGGAAGAAAGGACUCUAACAUGGAAUAGGUAAAGAGAUUUAUAAGGAUAAAUCUACUUACGAAGGCAAAUUUAAGAAUGGAAUGAAGUGCGGAUUGGGCAUUUUUCAGUUAGCUGAUGGAUCAGUGUAUUAAGGCGAAUUUGAAAAUGAUUUAUUUCAUGGUUAUGGUUCAUUUGUAAAUCCUCUUAAUUAAGUAGACUUGGCCUAAUAAAGCUAAAAUUUUCGAAGGUUACUGGAAGAAUGGUUUAAAGAAUGGAGAUGGAACCAUGAAAUGGGGGGAUGGUAAUUAAUCAUUAUCAUUAAAUUAGGUCGUAUAUAUAUAGGACAAUAUUAGGAUGAUAUUAAACAUGGUUAUGGUGAAAUGUAGUAUAUAGACGGUCGAAUUUAUAAAGGAUAAUGGAAACAUGGUCUUUAAGAUGGUAUAGGGUUAUUUGUAGACAAAGAAGGGAUUGCUAGAAAAGGCUUUUGGAUUAAAGGUAAAUUAAAAAAAUGGCUUUGA